AUGUAUCUUUCGGUGGACCCCAGCAGUAGGAACCAAUCAAAGAGUAGGAUCAGGAACGGCUACAUGGGCAGCGCGGCUCGGUUUGCUACGGACUUAUGCUGCAGUGUCAAAUACGGAUUUCAAUCUAACAAGAAAGCGCAGCAGCAGCAGCAGAACAGAGGGGACGAUUGUUAUUUGGGGAAGGGAUCAGGUCCGGUUUGUUUCGGAGCGGGGUUCUUCAUCUCCUCUUUCGUGUGGGUCCCACCACCAGCUUUAGGGGGACCCACUCGGGAGGAGAACCCCGUCGGUAGUCCUCCCUCCAUCCGAUUUCUUAUUAAAAAUGCCGACAGUCUCUUCAGCUCGCAAGAUUCAAUUUUGAGCGUUUGUUGCACGAAGGAAUUUUUCUUCAAAGGAAAGGAGAUGGGAAAGAAGUGGCUUUCUGCAGUUAAGAAAUUCUUCAAUUCUGAAUCCAGGGAGAACCAUACCACUGAGAAAUCGGAGAAGAAAUUGUGCAAAUCAAAGGAUUCAAAGAAGAACUCAUUGGAUCCUGCUGAAGACUGA